AUGACUGAUAACUCGGACUAUGUCUUCGUUUUCAGUGCAACGAAUACGCGACAUAGUGACUCAUCGUCAACAUCACUAAUUCAACAAACUACAGCAAACACAACGUUACCAAGUUAUGAGGAGGCAGUCAGAAACUCUGUAAAUCCUUCAAGCAUUGUUAUAACACCUGUAGCUCGUUCAGUAUCACAAUCUCUUGAAGAAGUUUUAGUUUUCCCUGAAGAAAAUCAAGAAAUUGUCUCAGAGCAUGCACCUCUUUUGCCCGAUAAUACAACUGGUUCUAGCACUGAUAAAUCAAACCAUAUUUCAAAUAAGGGCAACCAAUAUAAUCAUGAUGAUAAUUCGUCUACUAAUAGAACAAUUACAUCAUCAGUUGGGACAUCUGUACCUGCAAUGAUGCCACCACUUCCUGAAUAUUCAUUGUCUGAUGCAUCCUAUAAAACCAGUACCGAAGGUGUUACUUCUUUUGAUCAUAAAUUGAAUACAGAUGCUGAAUCAUUAUAUAGAUUUUUUGUGGCGAGGAAUGACAAACCUCAAAUGGCGAUAACUGGUUAUCACACAGAAUCAAUAGAUGAUAGUUAUUAUACUACUGAUUCAGAUGGGAAUUCUCGUCGAGUUGAUCAAUCAAGAAACGUGGAGGUUAUUGAUUUUAAGUUGACUAUAGACCUUUCAAAUUAUAUUUUACCCACAGGAGUUAUGUACACGAUUCCGAAAAAAAACCAUCCACCAGUAGAGAUCAUGCAGAUUUUGAGGGAAUAUGUCGAACACGAAAAUCUUUUAAAAGAAAUUGAGAUGCGGAAGGUUGUAAUCUGGGAUUAUGAAUCGUUAACAAGAGCAAUCUCUUCAACAAUUCGACAACAAGGAUUUCGAAAUGACAUUCGUAUCACUUAUCCACUUCGUAAUCACAUUGUUAAAGUUCAAUCUGAUCAUAAGUUGGCUCAUUUUUUAAGAAAUCCUUGGAAAAAGUUUAAAAAUCAAUUGAGAAGUGAUUUUCAAAUGAGUAUUAGUCCUAGUGAUUGGUUUCAAAAUAAUAUUGAAUUAAUCAUUUCAAAUGUGAGGUGGCUUUAA